CUUACUGAUAAAUUUUAGCUUAUAGAAUAAUUUAAAAGUUAAAGUCGCUUAACCGAAAUUGCUUACUGCUUACGUAAAAUCGUUUAAGGCGUAUGUAAAACAUCUCUACAUGAUCCAUUUUGUAAAACAUCUUUGCUUAAAAAUCUGGAAAACAUUUAUCUCUGCUCCAUAAAAUUAUAAAUGAAAUUUAUUUACAUACUAUUUUAGUUAUAUUUUUGUAUUGGUCACAAUUAACUAUAGUUUAUACCAACUUAGAUGUAGUUUAUACUAAAUUAGAUUUUGUUCUGUAUGCUAGCUUAAUUUAAAAGAUUUAUCUUAUGUAAGAAAAAAAUGUUAAGAACUUAUGUUAGCUUUGUAAAUUUUACACGCACCAUUAUGCAGUGGCCUCACAACAUUAUGCAGCCACUGAACUUUUUUCACUGUACUUUUUAAAAGUUUUGGUUUACCAUGGAAGUAUAAAACAGAUGGAGGUUCAACCGCAUUGAAAUUCUUCGGGACUAUGAUUGUAACGUUUUGUUUCAUAAACAAAAAGAAAACGACAUCAAGACUGUACUUAAACGCUUAAUCUUUAUACUUUGACGCAAAUAGAUACGUUUAUAAUAAUUUAAAAAUAUAGUAUUUUGAAGUUUCGCCAAUAAUAUUCAAGAAAAACAUUAAAAAUGACGCAACGUAAUGGCAAACAACAACUUUGGCUUAAGUUGAUUAGUAAUCCAUUUGUUGCUGUUUUGUUGUAAUUUGUUUUUGUUGCUGUUUUGUUGUAAUUUGUUUUUGUUGCUGUAAUUUUGUUGUAAUUUGUUUUUGUUGCUGUAAUUUUGUUGCUGCAUUUGUUGUAAGUUGGCUUAAGUAGAUUAGUAAUCCAUUUGUUGCUGUGUGACAAAACUGUUGUAAGUUGAUGAUGGUACAGGAGUAAUCAGCUGUUGUUUGUGGCUCAAUGAAAAUCUACCUUCUGUUCUUUGUUCGUAUAAUCUUGGAGAUUUAGUUUCAGUUACUGGAAAAUUACAAAUCUUUCGGGACGAAAGAGAAAUCAGAGUUGAACGUUUAAGUAACUUUCAGUCUUUAAUUAUUAUUUUAAUUUUUACAUAUUUUUAUGGUUAUACUUUUUUAAUUUAUUGCAAUCAAGCUUUGGAGGAAGAUCUAAAUAUCGAAUACUUUCACUGGUCUCAAAUCAUUAAUUUUCAAGAAAUUUACAAAGCAAAGUUUGUUAUUCCUACAGAUAAUCUUAAUGAGCAAUGAAUGAACAAAGAAAAACAUUGAUUAAUAUAAAAGAGGUAAUUGAAAUAUUAUGUCAACUUCUUCAUUUUCAUAAUUAUCCCAAAAUAACUCCAGAGGUUAUUCGCCAAGCAAAGUUUGAUAAAUCGGAAGCAAGAUCUUUUUUGAUGCUAAUAAUAACUUCAAUAAUAAAACGCUCUCAAUCUGAAAUAUUGACAGUGAACUUUUCUGAAAUUAUUUCUUUAUUAUCGGUACUCAAGUAUCCUCGUUUAUCAGUAAUAUGUCUAUGUAAUCAAGAAAAUGUUUCAAGCCGAGAGUUACUACUUGUAUUUGGAUUUUUACUCGAGAAAACAAGUUUCAUUGAUCACUUAAGAGAAGACGCAUUUCUUGUUCUUUCAGAAAAGGUUUUUCAACCUUUAUAUACUAUAAAUGAUUCUGCAAUAAAAAGAUUUGAUAUUUCAACUUUAAACGAUUUAGUUAUAUUGCGCAAGCAUAUUGACAUUACUUUUAAAGUUUUAUUUAGUUCUGCAAGAAAUAUUUCAAAACUAUUGAGUCGAGUAUAUCCCUUAACUCUAAUAAUGGUGGAGCAAUUUGAAAUAAACAGAUUAUUAGAUUUUGUUUUGUUCGGUAAUAAAAAAUUACAAAAACAAUUAUUACCAACUUUAACGCAACAGGUAUACUUACUUACGCUGCAUUCACAAUGGUUGAAAAAUGAACCCAUAUUUUGGAAGUGGAUGUCAAGUGUUACUAAAAUGUCGAAUGUAACUAUAUCCAAUAUUUCUUUAAAAGAAACUUUUCCACAGCGAAUAGAAAGCGAAAAUGAGUCAUUGAAAUAUGUUUAUAAAAAACCUAAAUUAAACGUUAAGUCGGCUCUAGCGCAUCUAUUGAGAGCUCCUUUAAAGUCGUUUGUUUACGAAGAAAAAGAAAAUGAUGAUAAAAUAACAGAUCUUGUUGAUGAAAUUCAUUUUCUGAAAGAAAAUAAUAAAAUAUGGCUAUAUGAGUUUUUAGAACUUCAUCCUAAUUUAGUUCACAUGGAUUCUCCUAGAAGGUAAUACUUAAAGCCUAACAAAAUAAACAUGAUAAAAGUUUAAUUCAUUAAAAUUAUUUACAAGUUUUAUAUAUUUUUUUUU